AUGAGCGCUGAAAAUGCGGCCUACGAUCCGCCCUACAGGGGCGCUCUACACAACUCGAUCGAUCAACGGAGCACCUCGUUGAGAAGAAUGCCAGCGCCGGCCGGUUGGGAGGAGGGAUCGGUCGAGGCAAUCUCGGUGAAAUCGGUGGCCGUAAAAAGUGAGCGCAAGUAUUCGUUGUUCACGAAAUGUGUGGCCGAAUUUCUUGGCGAUCUUACUUUCGUUUUUAUCGGCACAAUGCAAGGCUAUGGUCGAGGCACUGUUGACGGGACAGUGCAUGCGGCGUUGGCUCAUGGUUUCGCGAUUUUCAUCCUCGUCACUACUCUGGGCCAUAUCAGCGGUGGCCAUUUCAAUCCAGCGGUCACGUGGUCGGUGGUGGCGUCGGGAAGGCAGAAUCCGUUGGAGUUACCAUUCUAUUGGGCCUCACAACUCUUUGGCGGCUUUUGCGGAUCGAUGUUGGCUUGUGCUAUUCUCAGCUACGAUGAAAUGGUGCAAGUACAGGCUGGAGCGACUCUUUUAUUUGAGGGAGAUCCGUCGAAUUUGGAUAACAGUGCCUGGUGGCAGGGGCUGCUCUCGGAGACCGUCGUCACGUUUUUCCUGUGCCACACGAUUCUGAUGACCGCCGUCGACACUGAUAAGAAUUUGCUCGCGCCGUUAGCGAUCGGAUUUACGCUCAGCAUCGACAUUUUAGCCACCGGCGCGAUCACUGGCGCCAGCAUGAACCCGGCUCGCUCAUUCGGGCCAAACGUGGCGGCAUCGAUAUUGAUCAAUAAAGGGGAUCAAGCCGAUCAUUUGUGGUCAAGGCACUACAUUUAUUGGGCUGGGCCGUUGGUUGGCGCGUCCAUUGCAGCGGCUAUCUACCGAAUAUUCGAGGCUCGAACGGAUCGCUUUGUACGA